AUGAUAGACGCACGUGCUUCACCGGCUACUCUAGCUCAACAAGCCGCCGUACCAUCUUCGACCAACUUAGCCAUUAAUACGGAUGAGAUCAUGCAAUGGAUUAUCGAUCUGCGGGAUCCUUCCAAGCGUGAAUUCGCUCUUCUCGAACUGAGCAAGAAACGAGACAGUGUUCCAGACCUGCCACUUUGGCUCUGGCAUUCGUUCGGAACGAUGUCAGCUCUUCUGCAAGAGGUAGUAGCUAUAUAUCCGGCAAUCAUGCCUGCAAAUUUGACUGCUGCGCAAUCGAAUCGUGUCUGCAAUGCUCUCGCAUUAAUGCAGUGUGUUGCUUCACACCGAGAGACUCGUGGACCAUUCCUCCAUGCUCACAUUCCACUUUAUCUGUAUCCCUUCCUCCAUACCACCAAAGUAUCACGUUCCUUUGAGUACCUUCGUCUUACUUCGCUUGGAGUCAUUGGGGCACUCGUCAAGACUGAUGAUAAAGAACAACUGCUUGUGGUCAUCAAUUUCUUGCUCUCCACGGAAAUCAUUCCUCUUUGCUUGCGUAUUAUGGAGCAAGGAACGGAGCUCUCGAAAACUGUGGCAACAUUCAUUCUCCAGAAAAUUCUCCUCGAUGACACUGGUCUUUUGUACAUUUGUCAAACGUACGAACGUUUCAGCCAUGUUGCCAUGAUUCUCGGAAAAAUGGUUAUGAAGCUGACUCGCGAGCCUUCGGUUCGGUUGUUGAAACACGUCGUGAGAUGUUACAGUCGUUUGAGUGAUAAUCCAAGCCUAACUUUGGACGCUCGUGUCGCACAAGGCGGUGCUGGUCAGAAUGUGAAAGUUCGAGCUCAACAAGCUCUCAAGCAAUGCCUUCCGGAUCAAUUGAAAGAUUUGACUUUCAAGAAUUGUCUCAAGGAAGAUCCGAGCACCAUGAAUUGGCUCAGACAAUUGCUCACAAACCUU